UAGUACUGUUUGAUUAGCGAUAGAAGAAGGACCGAAUGUGCAAUAAAAUCUCGUACUGUAAAUUUCUUGGUACCUUUCAAUAAUAUCGAGUUGGAGUGCGUCAUGGAUUGUUCACAAGGUGGCUGCGCGCGCGCGCUGGUACAAGUGGAGACACCAGUGCGCAUUCUCUGGUAUGAUGAGGACGCUGAAGCCCUCGAAGACAUUCAAUGGACAUACAAAUAUGUGUGAUGUUAUUCCGCAUUUCAGCGCAUUCUCGUCGAUCAGAAUGAAACGCGAAUGAUGAACGCCAUGGUGGAGUUGGAACCUGUUGUUUGGAACUUUACGCUCAAAUUAGACAACGGCACACGCGCUAAUGAGACAACAGCAGGAUAUCCAGCCGAUGAGUAUUACAAUAUUGUUCACGUCACGGAAACCAAAAUCCUUCCUGCAUUUAUUGGGUUUCUGUGCUCCACCGGGCUUGUUGGAAAUGUUCUUGUUUUGGUGACUAUUUUAAGGUCCGCCAAAAAGACAGUACCAGAUGUGUAUGUGGGAAACUUGGCUGUGGCCGACCUGGUGCACGUGACCGUCAUGCCAUUCCUUAUUCACCAGUGGGCACGUGGGGGGCACUGGGUGUUCGGCAGCACCCUCUGCACGAUCAUCACCUCUCUUGAUAACUGCAACCAAGUGGCGUGCGCUGCAGUCAUGACCGCUAUGAGUCUCGACAGAUACCUGGCCCUUGUUCAUCCAUUUCGCCUGUUGAGUCUCAGGACCAGAUCCAGGACAAUCCGUAUUAACCUGUUUGUGUGGGCGGCCUCCUUCAUCAUGGUUCUGCCUGCCUGGGUUCAUGCCAAAGUGAUCCGCUUCAGGGACGGGCUGGAGAGCUGUUCCCUUAACCUAGUAUCUCCCAAAGAGUUGCUUUGGUACACACUCUACCAGACUGUGACCUCCUUCUUCCUGCCAUUACCUCUGAUUGUCAUUUGCUACAUACUGAUUCUCUGCUACUCCUGGCGAAUGUAUCGCAAGAACAAAAAGGCUCACAGAUAUAACACCAGCCUGCCUCGGGAGCGUGUGGUUCGCCUCACUAAAAUGGUCCUGGUUCUGGUAGCGGUGUUCCUGGUCAGUGUUGGGCCGUACCACAUCCUGCAGCUGGUUAACCUGAGCGUACCUCGCCCGUCGUUAGCGUACCACACCUGCUACUACCUGUCCGUGUGCCUGAGCUACGCCGCCAGCAGCAUAAACCCCUUCAUCUACAUUCUGCUGAGCGGACACUUCCGCCACAGGCUGGUCUGUCGGGAUACACCCAGCAUGCCAAGUGUGGAACGGGAGAUCCAGGCCCCCCGCUCCAGUUUUUAACUUCAUUUAACACUGAAACACAAGUAACACUGUUAACAGAUGAAGCCUUUGUUGGUCUUAUGCAAAGCACAUUGAAAAUAGAUUCCUAUUUGUUGGGAGGGAUUUCAUAGGAGGCAUGGGGUGUUUGAUAUGUACAUGUAUGCAUGUCUUGCACGUUUUACAGUAGGCCAGUGUUUUAAAUGUGCUGUUAUUUAUUAUUUUUGUGGUGUCUUGGCUCCCUCUACUGUUUAGUUGUAGUAAUUCACACUUUGGUUAUUCACACUUUGGUAAUCUCUAUCUAUCUAUCUAUCCAUCCAUCCAUCCAUCCAUCCAUCCAUCCAUCUAUCUAUCCUGUCCAUAGGGCCUAUACACCUUCAAACUAUAUUUUCAAAACUUUGAAAAAGGCUUUAACAAGUCAACAUUCAAAGUUUGUCUUGAAAAACUUCACUUUUAUACUUAAAAUUACAGUAAUAUUUUUUUCUUGAUUUUUUUUUAAUGCUGAUUUUUUUAAAUAUAUAUUCUAUUUCCUAAUUCUAAUUUGAAUUGUAAUUCUGCAAUUGAUAUUAAAAAAAGACAUUCUCAAUUCUUUUUUGAAUUCUGCACAACCCUGCCUUUCAUUGAAGGGGCAGUUUUGGCAAUUGCAGAUUGCAUUAAUUUUGUGGUCUGCAGUACUCAUCACUGGAGAAAAUAAAUAAUGAUGAUAUUGAUAAUUAUAAUAACUGUUUAGGGCAUAAUGCAGACCUCAUUGUGGUCUUGUACUGUAUAAUAUGGCUCUGUUUUCUGGUUUUAAUCUUGAUUGUACAGUAUGUGACAUUUUGAAAUUGUGAUAUUUUAUUAUCUUGUGAAUGUUUUAUUGUAUUAUCAACAGGUUUUUAUUAAGGAAAGUUUUGCAUAUCAUGAAUGUGUUUAGUACCUAAAGGUUGCUCUGCACUGUACAGAAUGUAUUGAGGCACGUGAGCAUGUUUUUAUUCAACUUGUGUGAGUGCAUUACAUUAUCAUUGUUACAUACAAGCAAAAUCAAUAUUGCUCGUGACAAAAGGUUGCUGUUGUGCAGAAAUCCUUUUAGGGCAUUUGGUAUUGUCUGGUGUGUAAACUGGACAUCAUAAUGAAGUGGCUGGCAGCUCUAAAGAGUGAGGUCACAGACCAGACGGGCAGAGAUGCAGGGAUCCGUUGGCAGCCCAGCUCCCAGAGUUGAAUCAAUUCUCCGACCAGACCAGAGACAGACAGGGACCGCGUCUGACCUAAAGCAUGCCUGACGGCAAUGGCUGGAAAACUCACCGUCGUGCUUGCUCUCUGUCUCUCAAUACCGUCUAUGGUCCAGUAAACUAGCCAGAAGCAAAAUACCAACUGAUGUGUUCAAAUACUUGUCAAUAUUAGAGUUUCAGUGUCAACAUAGCUUGUUGAGACCAUGCAUUUCAAUAAUACUAUUCAAUACAGUAAUAUAAGUGACAAACUGUUGUGCUAUUGAUUCCAAUGCAGCAACAGAGAUUCUGCCUGGGUAGGAAAGUGCUUUUACCUUUUGUUUCUUGCUCUGUUAAAGCACAUACUGCAAAGUCUUCACCCUGUAUUUUCCGCAUUACAUCAUUUUUCUCUUUCUCAAACUUUGAAUGAUCAUUCUGCUGUCUGAGCGCGGUGACUGACUACUGCUGCUGCUGCUGCUAGUCUGACAUUGUUUGACCUUGUUUGUGACUUGCUUCAUGUGGCACUGGCCUUGUUACUUACACCUCAACAGUUUGGCUGCCAGUUUGUGUUGUGUUUGUCACACGCAGGCUUUUGUUUUUAUAUCUGUUAUUUUAUUUUGAAAGAUCAUUUAUUGUAUUUUAAAUAUGAGUUAUUAAAUCUGUCUGAAAUCACGAGUA